AUGAAGGGGAGGCUUGUCGCCACUCUGGCGGCUGCCAUAGGCUGCGGAUGGCAAACUGGGAGGAGUAUAGGCCCGGAGGCCUACGUAUCGCAAUGCUACAGUGGAAACGGCAAUGUUCGCUCAUGCAGACAGCAGUGCGGCACUGCGUACUUGGCCGCACCGUCGGCUAUUGCGAGCAGGAAUCGCGCAUUGCCUCUAGGAGCCGGAUGGGGGAGGACCGACCGCUAUUGCUGGAAUGAAGAUGCGCAACAUGUGGUCGUAGCGGCGGCCGUGCCGCCGACGGUAUCCGCGGACGACAUAGACGUCACCAUACAAAGUAACUCCCUGCACGCAUCGAACAGGAAAGCACCGCUGAUACCCAUCAUAAGCGGCAACACAAAGGGUAGCAUCGAUGUCGACGGAAGCUUCUGGACUCUCGAGGAAGAGCGCGGGAUAUUGGAGCUGAAAAUCACACUCAAAAAGGCAGAAAAGCAUGCUGGGGAUUGGUUCGGUGUCAUCAGAAACGAGAGGGUGCAACAACAGACCUACGAACCAGUCGACCACCGUGAUGCCGGUGUCACCAAGGUGCAAAGUCUGGAACCUAAAGGGGUAUUUUGGCAGCGAACGUUCAUGACAAUUGACGCCCAUCAACUGGAAGAGAUGUUCGUGAGGUGGAUGAGCCGCGAACAGUCGGAGACGACUGAGUUUGGCAAGCCCAAGCUGCCGGUGAAUGUCGCAUACGUGCAAGAGAGUGGCGGAGGGAAGGUCGUGUACCAAACGGAUAACCUCGACCUGGAUGAGUAUCUGCAGGUCGUAAUCAUACCGGUGAUUACCGAGGAGAAUAAGCACGCCGGAGGCGGUGCGCAACUCACCUUCGUCAACAGCCCAACUACCCGAAUGAUAUCGGGGCAAAUGGGGGCUGAAAAGGCUGAGAAAACCGUAACUGCGCUCAAUACACUCAUUCAAACAUUCGAAAGAGACGUACACAAGAUCGAAGGGCUGAUGAAACACCGGCAGCAGCAAAGCGAGUCCUUCGACUACAUGGGCAGCGCGGCGUACCUACAUGCCGAUAACCUGGAGAGUUACGCCAAGUACCACGAGGAACUGAGGUCGUUGUCACCGCAGAAAGCGGCGCAAUAUGACCCCAAGCGGGUUUUUAAGGACGACAAAGCGGGGCUCACGAUAGACUGGAACCCAACGGAUGACCCGCCGCAUGUCCCCAAUGAGAAAAAUGAGGAGAAGAAAAAGAUACUCAUCAACAAGCUCACUGAGGCCAUCAAGCAUACGAAGAGGCCACAGCCCCAGGAAACGGUCAAGUCGCUGGUAAACAACGUUCGGCAGUCGUUGGCGCUCAGCGACGUGGAGUACGACCAAUUGAUGCAGAAGGCAGACGAACGCAUAAACAGGGAAAACGCUCUGAUCGCAGAGAAGCAAAGAAUAUUCAGUCAGAUGAAAUCUGUACCCGCGCUGAUGGAAGCUCAACCAACCAUUGAGGAGAUCGUUGCGGAGGUGUCGCAGCCGAAAAGCAAGGACACGUUCGACAUCGCCAUGGCGCACCCGGAGAGGAGCAUGCUGGCCAAAAAGUACGCAACACUCUCCAGCGUGCAGAAGGAACAACUGAGAAGCCGUUGGAAAACAAACGAAAAACGGCUCAAGCUUCUCAUCACCGAGCUGCUGGAGGCGCCACCGGAAAAGUGCUCGACCUUGUGCAACACUUACACAGACUUGUUAAUCUCAGAAGAUUACCCGACACUUAUGCGGAGCUACCUCUGUUUCCACGAAGUUAAAGACAAGCACGAGAAAGAGCGACUGGCGUUCCUCAACCAAUUCGUCCUUAGCCUCUACAAGGACCAAAAGAUAUACCUUUUGCACGACGAGAAGAUCCAGUUGCAGAAAAUCAAGCAAAUAAUACUCUGGGCGCGCAACGAAUUCCAGAAUCUGAACGACCUGGUCAUGCAGAACAAGCAGCAGUACGACACCAAUUUCAUGUGCUACCUCAACCUGGCCAUUUCCAAGGAGGUGGAACGCAUUAGGGAGGAACAUGGAGACGGGUCUCUGGACAGUGGGGCUGCCAACCCUGAGGCGCAACCGUGGCUAUGCGUGCUCACAAUCAUACAACGCGCAGUCAAUUCGAUCGCCAAGGCCGACAUGGCCGAGGAUCUCAAUUUCAUCACUACCAUUGUGUCGUUCGACGAUCCGCAAGUGCGCAGCUACAUGCUGGAGUUCAUACUGGCCACCAUGCCGCGCUCGGACUGGAAGGGCUUCAAGGACCUCAUCAUGUCGGCCAGCGAGUCGCUCAUACGCAAACCCGCCGACGAAAGGGACGACCUGGAACACACGGAGCCGCACUUUGUGGAGGCGAUCAUGCAACUGCGCGAAGAAGUUGAGAAGAUGAUACCGGACUGGAUCAUAGACGAAUUGCUCUCUGAGGACGAUCGCAACUUCAUGAUACAAAACAACAGGCAGAAGAUCCCACUGCUGCAGCUAGAACUCGAGCCGAAGCAACAUGUGGGAGCCGCCACACAUCUGCCAGAUGCCGGCAAGACGCCAGCGGAAAAAACGCCGGUGUUACCGCUGAAACCGACCUAA